AUGUGGUACGACGCUUCUGAGACGAGCUUGGCGCAAAUGUGGAAGCAGGCGACGACCAAUGCCGAGACCUGCUACGCAGCGCACAACAAGACCCAGCCCUUUCUCGGAACUGGGUCUGUCGCUCGAGACCUCAUCAGCGUUGUUGAUGCGCUGGGCGAGGAUGGCAUGCUCCGCUACUGGGGCUUUUCAUACGGCACCACCCUGGGCGCCACAGUUGCGUCCGUGUUCCCCGACAGAGUUGACAAGAUCAUCCUAGACGGCGUGCAAAAUGUCCACGACUAUUACCAUUCGCCUGCCGACUUUGAGGAGUGGUCCGACGCAGACCGGGUGUUCUCCGAGGUGUUCCUCAGCUGCGUCAAGGCGGGAACGACGCUUUGUCCCAUGGCUGGAGCAAACCUGACCGGCGAACAGCUCGAGGAUGCCGCCUGGAAGUUGACGGAGCAUCUCAAGACCAACCCCAUUCAGGUGAACGGGAGCUCCCCUCUAACGUACGCUACCAUGCGUGGCUUCUCCGCAUACGCCGUCUAUGGCCCAAACUCGUGGACGGCUUUGGGCGCGAUAUUGGCGCAGAUAGCCGCCAACCGAACCCAGACAUCAUCGUUCAGCGAAUGA